AUGAAAGUCGGAAUAAAUGGGGCAGGAAGAAUAGGAAAAAUGGUCAUUCGAAUAGCUUUAGAAAGGGGGAUUGAAAUAGGGUGCAUCAACGACCCGUUUAUUGAUGCAAAAUAUUUAGCAUAUCUUAUCCUUCGGGACUCGACACAUGGAACCUUAAAAGAUAUUACAAUUGAGCAUACUGAUAGCUCGUUAAUCGUACGGAAAGAAGGUGCCUCUGAUAUGACAAUUCAAGUAACAAACAAGAAAGACCCAUCUGAAAUCGAAUGGGACACAUAUGGAAUAGAGUAUGUGGUAGACUCAUCGGGUGUGUUUAAAACCGUGGAAGCCUGCCAAAAGCAUCUGCGCCCAGGGGUAAAGAGUGUUAUAAUCACUGCGCCUAGCCCAGAUGCACCCAUGUUUGCUAUGGGGAUAAAUGAGAAGGAAUACAACGGAGAAACUGUAGUGAGCAAUGCUAGCUGCACAACAAACUGCUUAGCCCCCGUUGUGAAGGUAAUUGAAGAGGCCUUUGGAAUUGAAGAAGGUCUUAUGUCUACAGUGCAUGCCUUAACAGCUACUCAAAGAAUAGUUGAUGGAAUGUCAAUGAAAGAGUACAGAGAUGGAAGAGGAGCCCUUCAGAACAUUAUUCCUGCAUCAACAGGUGCAGCAAGCGCAAUAGGAAAAAUCAUCCCAGCACUUAAAGGAAAAUUAACAGGGAUGUCUUUCAGAGUGCCUGUGGCCAAUGUGAGUGUGGUAGAUCUAACUGCCCGGUUGAAAACCAGCGCAACCCCAGAGCAAAUAAAGCAGGCUCUAAAGAAUGCAAGUGAAACAACUUUGAAGGGUAUUCUUGGAUAUACCGAAGAAGCAGUUGUAAGCAGUGACUUUAUUGGAAGUAGUUUAAGCAGCACUUUUGAUGCAGAUGCAUCUAUUUUUCUCUCAGAUCGGUUUGUGAAGCUAGUUGCUUGGUACGAUAAUGAAUGCGGUUAUUCACACCGAGUGGUUGAUCUGCUGGUUCAUAUAAGCAAAUUCCAUAAAUAA